AGCCAACAAAGAUCCAAGCGACGUGGCCGUGUCGACCGUCGGUGCUAUAGACGACAUUUUAUUGUGCCAAAAUGUCGUCUACGACCGUCGAGACCCGGCUUGCGAACGAACUGGUGAUUCCAACGGUCCAGCAAUCUAAGGUUCGCAUGCAGAAGACGCCUUACGGCCGCUCUAUGAGCGUGAAACUCGGUGAAGUCUCGCAGCUCAUCAAACUAGCUUCCCAGCAUCAUGCAAGCGAGUACAACCGGCUCAAGUUUGGUCCCAGAGGAUCUCCCUUGAUAUAUGUUCCAUUUUCAUUUCAGAUGCCUGGCCGGGUCAAGGAACUCCAAGCACGCCAGGCAGAGUGUGUGGAGCAAAGAGUUUGGUGGCCAUGUAAUCGGGCUGCAGUCCGAAACGCUUCCACGAUUAAAAUCGCCUCUGAGCCUAUGCAACCGAUACUCAGCCGCCCAUCAUACGCUAUAGACUUGCCACAAGAACUUAAUGCUGCCAUGUCUGUGUCUUUGCUUCCGCUGGAUGGCCUUGACGACUCGGCUCCGCAAUGCGACGUUCCCAUCAAAACCUCGGAUUCACACCCUAUAAACGUGUCUCCCAUCAUCCCUUUAGAGCUCCUCCGCAUUAUUUCUUCACAUCUCAUCCAGACAGAGGGAUCUCCAGUGAUCUUCGAUCUUCCCUCAUCGCAUUAUUUAGAUCGUGUCACAGCUUAUUCGCCCGAUCUUCCUCCUGGUAUUGUUCCGUGGCCUUCUAACCAUGCGACGCCGGUCAUUGUUACACCGCCGCGUAUUACUACGGUGUCGCCCGAUACCCAGCAUCACUCCACGCAACCAUGCGCUCCUCAAUGCGCCGUGACGCGACCUCCGAAAUUCGCUCAUUUUCUUUGGUCAAACCCACUCGUUCGUCGAGUCGUCAACCCUAUCGCCGCCAUCCACGCAAAUCGUCCGGUCAUCAAUCCCCCCUCGGUUCCUACCAAUUCAGACUGCACUCAAAAGCACGGCGCUGACGGCCAAUACGAUGCUCCUAACCUCGCACAAUGCCUUACUAUAUCGCUCAGCAUUAGCGAGAGCUUUGAGAAGGCCGUGGGAGAUGGCCUUUGUAGAUCAUUGUCUUCGCCAUCAUUACCCACCUACAACGCAUCACAGCCGGCAAUCCCUAGGACUACAUUCUCGGUCAUCAACGAUGUCUCUCCUGCCAUCGCUGUGUCUCAUUCCUUAACCUCACAGCUUGAGUCGGCGGCACCACAGCGCUUUUCCAAAAGCCAAUUUCAAUCUUCCGGGACGGUCACUCUGGGUAACUUAUUCCUGUCCUCUUGCCCUGGAAAGAAGGUGAGACUGAAUGGACCGGUCAAAGGUCGUUGUGGUGUGUGCAGAGAUCUGCGCAAGGACCUAUGUCGGAUCAAGGAGCUCGGGGUCGCUUGCAUUGUUUGCUGUCUAGACGACGACGAGCUUCAACUUCUAGGCGUUACAUGGGCAGACUAUUCUCGGACAGCACAUGAAAUGGGCAUUGACAUUCUACGUAUUCCGACCCCAGAAGGUCUCGCUCCAGCACCUCUGGACAAAUUUGACGAACAGCUCGGCAUGCUCAUCGAAAACUACACGCUUCGAGGCUUGCCCAUGCUCGUGCAUUGUCGUGGUGGCGUCGGACGUGCUGGUCUUGUCGCAUGCUGUUGGAUGCUGAAGCUGGGGCUUUGCGGCUGGAUAGAGACUGCACCUGCGCUCGCCUGCCCUAUCACCGACGGCAAUCACAAUCCGAAGAUUGGACAAGGUACGACGCCUAUUAGGCGGGAUACCAUGCAAAUGGUGGAGCGCGUGAUCACAGUCGUGCGCCGCCAAAGAAGCCCAAAAGCUGUCGAGACAUACGAGCAGGUACAAUUCCUCACCGACUUCGUGGAACUCCUGAGGGCAAAGUCGAAACUCGCCAAUACAGUCAGCGUGGCGGACGCACUGGAAGGACGCAUCAAUUAAACAGGGACUCAAGAUGAUUUCAGUUCGCGGAUACAUAUACCAGAGCAUCGUGCUCGCGCAGACUCCAUGGUUCCGGAUUUGACGUAUUGACUUCCAUUAUACCCAUCAUCUCACGUUGAGAUUGACUGUAUAUACCUUGCACAUGUCUCGGUCUCGUUCCGUCUUAGUAUGCUGUGCCAUAGCUUCAAUGGAGUAGGAUUUUCCUGCAAAGUCAUUUCCUUGC